AUGUUUCUAAUAGUCCAAGUCUGUGAUGCCCAGACGUCAUUCAGUUCUGGCAAGUGGAGUGAACUUAGGAUGUCAGCCAAGACUUUUUGGGGGAUUCUUGCUCUGCUCCGAAUUUUCUGGUGUCUUCUUCCUCAGACAGGUUACCUUCAUCCUGAUGAAUUCUUCCAAUCACCUGAGGUCAUGGCAGGAGAUAUUUUAGACCUACAAGUCUAUUAUCCCUGGGAAUUCCUUUCCAGUUCUCCUUGUAGAACAGUUGUGUUCCCAUUAAUUACAUCUGGCAUUACCUACUGGAUGAUCAAGUCUUUGCAACAGCUGGGCAUGUGGUCAAAUGGCAUCAACAGCUACACCCUUCUUGUGUCACCUCGCCUUCUCCUCACCACCUUUUCUUUCAUACUUGACUAUAGCGUGUAUCGGCUAGCUCCUUUCUGGGGUGCAGAUCGGUGGAACGCCCUGGUUCUGCUUGCUGGGUCCUAUGUCACACUAGUAUUUUACACAAGAACGUUUACUAACACACUUGAAGGACUUCUGUUUGCCCUGCUGAUGGUACUAGUAUCUCCAAAAGCAGUUGGUUAUGGAACAGACAUCAGCCAGGCGAAACCUACCAGUAGCAGUCUCAUAGGGAUUAUAACAGUUGCUGGGUUUUUCAACAGGCCAACUUUUCUGGCAUUUGCUUUAAUGCCACUGCUUUACUGGGCAGUUUUAAAUGCCGCUUCUCAGCACAGCAUUAAAACUAUUGCAAACCACCUCUUGAAGCUUGUUUCAAGCACAGCUUUCACUGCCAUCAUCUUCACAGCAGCUGACACAUUAUAUUUUACCUCCAUUGGAUCAGAGAUUAGCCUAUACAGCAUUAAAAAGAAUGGCCUGUUAAGCACCAUAGCUCAAAUAAAUCAGAAUGUAAUAGUGACCCCUUUUAAUUUUCUCCGCUAUAAUCUUAAUCCCCAUAAUCUUGCACAGCAUGGGAUUCACCCAAGAUUAACUCAUUUUGCAAUCAAUGGUAUAAUGCUCUUUGGGAUCCUGCACAUUCUGGCUAUCAGUGUUGGUUUAAAAAUGCUGAAAAUAAACAUCCAUCAAUUAUCAUGGAUCAGACUACAUAAUCAUAGGUCACCUACAAUGUUGGUGCUUGCCAAGGGCAAUCCAACAUUAUUAUUAUUCUAUUUUGUUCCUUUGGCAUUUCUUUCCCUGUUCAACCACCAAGAACCUCGAUUCCUCAUUCCUCUUAUUUUACCACUAGUCCUAUUGAUCGCACCGCAGAAUAGAACCCUGAAGUGGAAACCCAUCAUUAUUAUUUUCAAUGUUCUUGGUGCCCUUUUGUUUGGAUGCUUACACCAGGGAGGGCUGAUCCCAUGCCUGUCUCAUUUAGAACAGCUCAUACAUUCUACAGAGUCCCUGAACCAUCCAGCGCACUAUACUCUACUCUUUGCUCACACUUAUAUGCCUCCCAGGUUUCUGCUCAGUAUCAAUAAGAGAGACCCACUAGUAGAAAUAAUUGAUAUGGCUGGAACUGAAGAAAACACCCUCUGCCAAACUCUGGGACAAUUAGCAAACAAGAUUGCCUGUGGGACUAGAGAGACUGAUAAAGAAAGAACUUGUCAUUUUUUUGUUAUAACCCCCGGUACAGUCAGAACAACAAUACAAAAAUGUGGGGUUCUGUUCAAGAAUGAGACAUUAAUAUUUCCACACUUGACAAUGGAAGAUCCACCACAAAUAUCCUUUCUAUUCAGUGAAAAAUGGAGAAGUCAGUUAGGACUAUACAUCCUUCAGAUAGACAGAAAUGAACAGAGCAUUUAG